CAGCACAGCAGUUGUUGUGUAGUUCCGGGUUUGCUGAACUCAAGACGACGGGAUUGAUCAGUGCGAAAAAGCAAUCGAGUAAAAAAAAGCAAGCAUGGAGAACGCUGAAGAGAUACUCCAAGCUCUUUUUCUCGGCAUCUCACUUGCGUCGGUUCUACUACAAACAUGUCGAUACGGAAAGGCUCUCGAGGUGUUUACUGAAUGCUUAGAGUUUCUUAAAAAACACGAUUCGAGCUUGGAAGCCGAAACAUUUAAACGCCUCUCAGCACUAGUCUACUGCAGGUUAUCUCACAUUUAUUUCCAUAUUGGAGACUCCAAGAAUGGCUUUGAAAAGAGAGAAAAGGCAAACGCUCUAUAUCCCCAAAUGGGUGGCAGUCAAAGUUCAGCUGAAUUUUUGGCUAAACCUGGUGAUGAGCACGUGUCUAAAACCCAUGACUCGCCAGAUAAUGAGGAGGACCAAGAAAUUCAUGAAGAUCCAUUAUCAGCCAGGAAUUAUAGAGACAAGAUUAAGGAAGCGGAUGAACUUGACAGACUCAGUCAUUUAGCUCUUUCUCGUUUCGAAUACUCCGAAGCCAGACGCCUUUUAGAGAGAUUAGCUGAACUAUGGGGCGAGCUUGGGGACAGGGAGGAAGAGAAAACUGCACUCUUUCGUCUCGGCGAACUAUAUAAGUCACUUGAUGAGUACGACCAAGCACAAACGUAUUUUGAAAAGGUCCUACUGAUGGCGGAGGAAGAUGAAGACACUUACAUGCAAGGAGCGGUUUUUGGCAAACUUGGGGCUUUAUGUAACUUUCGCGGUGACUAUGUCAAGGCAAAAAGCUUGCGCAAGAAGGCUCUCGAAAUUAGUUUGAAGAUUGGAGACAAGAGAGGAGAGGUUAUUGAUUACAGAGUCCUCUCUGAUGUUCUGCUCAAUCUUGGUGAAUUUAAAGAAGCUCAAGACUGCUGCUUAAAGGCGCUCACUCUUAGUAAGGAAAUUGGCGACAGUGAAGAAGAGGGCUUGGCAUACAGCGAGCUAGGUGAUAUUCAGAGAAAGUUGAAAGACUUUGAAUUAGCAGAGCACUACUACAAGAGUGCAAGGGAAGUAUACGAACAAAUUGGAGACUUGGAAAAUGAAGAGAAAGAAAACAGUCGACUUGGUGUACUGUACCGUUUUCUUUGCAAAUACGAUUUGGCACUUAAAAGUCAUGAGAGUAGUCUUAUUAUAACGAAGCAAAUGGGUAAUAAAAGAGGUGAAGCCAAACAAUACAGCAACCUUGGAGCUGUUUAUCAAGAUCUCGGAAAUUACCUCAUGGCUAAGGAAUGCUGCGAACAAGCCCUUGUUAUCAGCACGAGAGAAAAUCACUUAAAGGGGCAAGCAAUUGAUUAUGGCAAUCUAGGAACUGUCCACCAGCUUUUUGGUGACUUCACAACUGCGUACGAACUCCACAGAAAAGCGCUGCAGAUUAAAAUUCGAAUUGAUCUCAAAGAAGGAUUACCUGAAGAUUACUUUAAUCUCGGUCGUUGCUGUAAGCAUCUUGGUAAAUAUGCAAAGGCAAAGGAGUUUUGGCAAUUAGGACUUGAUGUCGCAAGAACUACUGGUCACAGUCUGAUUGAGUCAAAUAUCAUUGCUAGUUUGGCAUCCGUGGAGCAAACUAUUGGCGAGUAUGAAAGCGCUAACGCUCAUUAUGAACAGGCACUUCUCAUCAGCCAAGAGGCCAAAGACCUCAAGCGACAGGCAUGUAUGACCGGCAACCUCGGACUAAUUGCUCAGUCUCUUGGUGAUAUACCUAAGGCCCAGGAAUUUCUUGAAAGAUCCGUACAGAAACUGAAACAAAUUGGAUGUAAAGAUGAAGAGAGCACGGCUUUGGCAAACCUUGGAAUGCUCUAUUGUUCAUUGGGUGAAUAUGGUAAGGCGAUAAGAUACAAUGAAGAUGCUCUUGCCAUUUCAAGAGAAAUACAUGACAAAGAGGGGGAAAUGGCAUUCAACAACCAUUUGGGACAGAUUUACUUGUUUCAAAAAGAAUUAGAAAAAGCAUCUGAUUGUUUUACCAAGGCACUUUCAAUGGCUGAAGUUAUUAAAGACUCAAGAGCUGAAAGCCUUAGCUACUGCAACAUAGCAUUUGUGUGUUUAGUUAGAAACGAUGUACCAAAAGCGUUCUGGUACCUCUCAGCAAGCAUCAAGACGCUAGAAAAAGCGUCGGUAUUACAUGGAGAAAGCGAAGAUUUUCAGAUCGGCUUUGCAGACCAACACAAUGAUCCUUAUCGAUUAAUGGUUGUUGUCUUGCUUAAACUAGGAAAUAUUGAUCACGCUUUGUCAGUGUCGGAGCUUGGACGUGCAAGAUCAUUGGCCCAGCGAAUGGAAACUCAAUAUUCAGCGCAACCAUUACCUGCUUUUGACCCUUUUCAAUGGAUUGAUCAUAAAAACGUUGUUCAAGACAAAUCUUGCAUAUGCUUGUCAUUUUGCUUUUACAUGGAAAGGCUAUUUUUCUGGAUUUUAAAGGCUAACACGAGGACAGCUUGCAAAGAGAUGUCAGCGAGUCAAUGGCUUUCAGCAGACAAUCAACCUCAACGGGACUCUUUUCAAGACAAGUUGAAGGAUCUGGCGAAUAAGUGUUACAGAGAGUUUUCACUUUUGUCAGGAGAACGAUGCGAAGAUCGCUAUUUGGUUCUGGAUGAUGAACAUUCUGAGGCUAGAUCUCCAACCAAAUCCGAAGGAAGCUCGCAGCCACAACAAAGUUUUGACGCUUGCCAAGUCAAGGAGAAGAAUGAAGGAGGAUCAGAAGAAGAACCGCCCCUCAAAGUGUUGUAUAAAGUCACCAUAGCUCCUGUGGCUGAUCUCCUGGAAGGAUCUGAGAUAGUUGUUGUCCCUGAUCGUUCACUAUACAGAGUUCCAUUUUCUGCGUUGAUUAACGAGAAAGGAGGAUUUUUGGCAGAAAGGUUCAGGAUUCGGUAUACUCCAUCACUGACGACUCUCAAGCUGAUCCAAGACAGUCCUGCAGAUUAUCACAGUGAAAGUGGCGUUCUUAUAGUUGGCGAUCCUGAUGUUGGUACUGUCACGCACCAGGGACGUAGGUUAACACUUCCUCGAUUACCAUGUGCUAAAGAAGAAGCUGAGAUGAUUGGAAAGAUUCUUCACGUUCAACCCUUAACUGGUAAAGAAGCUACGAAGGAAGCGGUACUACAAAAGAUACAUUCUGUAAGUCUCAUUCACAUUGCUGCACAUGGUGAACCAGAGAGAGGUAAUAUCGCAUUAGCUCCAUCCAAUCAUGAGAGGGAUGACUUUCUGUUGACGAUGGCCGACAUCUCCGCAGUCAGAUUGCGAGCCAAAUUGGUAGUGCUAAGUUGCUGUCACAGUGGAAAAGGACACAUCAAAGCUGAGGGAGUUGUUGGUAUAGCUCGAGCCUUCCUAGGAUCUGGCGCUUGCUCAGUUUUGGCGUCUCUCUGGGCUGUGGACGACGAAGCAACAAUGGCGUUCAUGGAGCAAUUCUACCAGCACUUGGUGAAUGGAAAGGGUGCGAGUGAAUCUCUUCAUGAAAGCAUGAAAUGGAUGAGAGAGAACCCAGACUACUCGGAAGUAAAAAAAUGGGCACCAUUCGUGUUGAUUGGAGAUGAUGUGUCAUUCCAAUUCGCCAAAUAAAUUGAGAGAGAAUUCUUCAUAACUGGAGGAGAAAGUACCAGGUGUCUCAACACAAUAAACUGUGAAAGAUGUUGCUGUUAUGAAGGGACUCUGAGAGGAAAUACAAGUUCAGCUAAAACCUUUAUUUCAGUAGACUUUUAAUUUUGAAGUGUUAAAUUAUUAUGAGUUUUACUAGACGUGUCCUUCUUUGGAGAGAAUCUCAGUGGUGUGCUCAGAGAUGCGAGGACGGAGACAGCUUCAAAGAAAAUGCACUCUGAAUCGAAAAAGACGACGAAUAAGAAAUUAAUUUAUCAUUUAAACUGCGGUAUCAUACAAGGAUUCCAGCCCUGAGAAAAACCGUAACAACACACGUCAAAAAAAUACAUUAGUUUCACUCUUCUCGAUCCAUGGUUGUUUAUCUAAAUUUUCUCGGAUCAUGGCUGCUUAAACAUUGAAAAAUCCGUAUCGCGUAUAGAAAAUGACGUUCAAAAUUUCCCAGAAGACGAAAGUUAAGUAAUCAGUGGCUUUAGUAGUGGCAUUUCCCGCGGCUGAAAACGAAACUCGACAACUGCAAGAUUUUGUCGCUGAGGAAAAAGUCAUUAUCUGACAAUUUUGUAUAUUGAAUAUUACUUUAACUAUUUGUUUUGUAAUGAUUCAAUGAAUUUUUCUUAUCUUGAGCCUUAUCGCCAACGCAUUUUACAAUUUUUCGGAAAUUUUGGAUUUCAUUUUUUUUUUAUUCUUUAAUUAAGUCGACUUAAGGGCUAUUCUGUUUAUACAGUAAACAGAUUAAUACAUGGGCGUGCGUAGAGAUGAAAUUUCUCUUCGAGAGUUUAACUCAACAACUUACA